UAAAAGAGCCAAUUCAUGUGACCGCAACAAACUGGAUAUUUCACAAAUUGUACAUAGACUGUUUGGGGCCAUUGCCCAGAACUGCUGGUGGACAUGAACAUGUGGUGUUAGCUGUUAAAGAGUUGACGGGCAAUGUGGAAGGAAAGGCAUUGAGAAGAAAGAAUGCAAAUGCGAUAGCACAAUUCAUAUGGGAUGAAGCAAAUGGUCGAGCAGAAAGAACCGUGCAAAAAUUCACCAGAAUCAUCAGAAAAUUAUGUGCGGAAAAACAAAACAAAUGGCAUGAGUAUGUUAGAAGUGCAAUAUGGGCAAUAAACAUUACAAUUAAUAACCUGAG